AGGAAGUUGAGGAAUCCCUAAAAAGUUUGCCUCGCAUCAUUUGGCCUCACCGUGAAGGUGAGCAGCGUGUCUGCGUGUUUCUGUCCCUCCUUCGGGCUGUUGUUGCUCUCCGUGUGCAGCUUUCUGCACCCCACGGAACACGUGGUGUGUGUGAACGUGUGUUGCGUGGUAUUUUCCUCUGCAGACCCCCCCACACACACACACACCCACGCAGGGUCAGUCCACCCGCAGAGAGCCGAGGCGACACACCAGAACUGGGCUCCGACUAAUUCCUGCUUCACGCACCUACAGCUGAUUGCCUCCCCGUUUGCUUGAUUUUACAAGAUAAUAAAGUACUCCAUCCCCCCUAGAGAAAAGGUCACGGCUUCGUUACGGCCCAGUGAACCAGCGCCUCCUGAUAGCCGUAUAGCUGCGAUGUCUGAGCGGGUGCUGGUGGUCGGAGGCGGUGGACGGGAGCACGCGCUGGCCUGGAAGCUGGCCCAGUCGCCCCGGGUUCAGCAGGUUCUGGUGGCGCCGGGUAACGCGGGAACGGCCAACUGCGGCAAGAUCAGCAACUCUGAGGUCUCUGUGAGCAACCAUGCCAUCCUGGCUCAGUUCUGUAAGGACCACCAUGUCGGCUUGGUAGUCGUUGGACCCGAAGCUCCACUGGCAGCAGGCAUGGUGGACGACCUGACGGCUGCAGGGGUGCCGUGUUUUGGACCCUCUGCCAAAGCAGCUCAGUUGGAGGCCAGCAAGAGCUUCGCUAAGGCCUUCAUGGAGCGCCACGGCAUCCCGACGGCUCGCUACGGCUCCUUCACGGACCCCCAGGAGGCCUGCCGCUACAUCCGCAGUGCCGACUUUCCAGCUCUGGUGGUGAAGGCCAGCGGCCUGGCAGCGGGGAAGGGAGUCAUCGUCGCCCGAGACCAGGCUGAAGCCUGCCAGGCUGUCAUGGACAUCAUGAAGGACGGAGCGUUUGGGCCAGCAGGAGAAACGGUGGUGGUGGAGGAGCUCCUGGAGGGAGAGGAGGUGUCGUGUCUGUGCUUCAGCGACGGGACCUCGGUGGCGCCCAUGCCUCCGGCUCAGGAUCACAAGCGCCUGGAAGAUGGCGACGUGGGGCCGAACACGGGCGGGAUGGGAGCGUACUGCCCCACGCCGCAGGUGAGCCCGGAGCUGCUGCAGCAGAUCAGAGACACGGUGCUGCAGAAGACUGUGGACGGCAUGAGGGAGGAAGGAACUCCUUAUAUGGGGGUUCUGUAUGCAGGCCUGAUGCUGACCAAUCAGGGGCCAAAGGUCCUGGAGUUCAACUGUCGCUUCGGGGACCCAGAAUGCCAGGUCCUGCUGCCGCUGCUGCAGAGCGACCUCUACGAAGUCAUCCUGAGCACCACGACGGGCCGGCUGGCCUCCAGCGCCCCCGUGUGGCGGCAGGACAGCUCUGCCGUCACCGUGGUGAUGGCCAGCGCCGGCUACCCGGGUUCCUACAGGAAGGGAGUGGAGAUCACAGGUCUGGCCCAAGCGCAGGACUCCGGCCUGCAGGUGUUCCACGCCGGCACCGCCCUGAAGGACGGCGGCGGCGUGGUGUCGAGCGGCGGCCGCGUCCUGACGGUGACGGCGGUGAGGUCCACCCUGGAGGCGGCCCUGCAGGCGGCCAACCAGGGCGUGGCCGCCGUGGGCUUCCCUGGUGCCGUGUACAGGCGGGACAUCGGCCACCGGGCCGUCGCCCACCUCAAGCAGCACAGGCGCCUCACCUAUAAGGACAGCGGAGUGGACAUCGCUGCUGGAAACCAGCUAGUGGAGAUGAUCAAGCCUCUGGCCAAGGCAACGUCCCGCCCCGGCUGCAACGCAGAGCUGGGAGGCUUUGCUGGCCUCUUUGAUCUGAAAGCUGCCGGGUUUGUUGACCCAAUCCUGGUGUCGGGGACAGACGGCGUCGGGACCAAGCUGAAGGUUGCCCAGGCCUGUGGGCAGCACGGCGGCCUCGGUCAGGACUUGGUGGCCAUGUGCGUAAACGACGUGUUGGCUCAGGGGGCCGAGCCGCUCUUCUUCCUCGACUACUUCUCCUGCGGCUCCCUUAACGUGGAGGUGGCCGCCUCGGUGGUGGGCGGCGUGGCCAAGGCCUGCGAGGCGGCCGGCUGCGCCCUGCUGGGCGGCGAGACGGCGGAGAUGCCGGGGGUCUACGCUCCGGGAGAGUACGACCUGGCGGGUUUCUGCGUGGGCGCGGCGGAGCGGGGCGCCCUGCUGCCCCGGCUGGAGGACGUGGCGGAGGGCGACCUGCUGAUCGGCGUGGCGUCUUCAGGGGUCCACAGCAACGGCUUCAGCCUGGUCCGCCAAGUCCUGGAGAAGAGCGGCCUGAGCUACAGCUCCCCCGCUCCGUUUGGGAAGCCGGGGCAGAGCGUGGGGGAGGUGCUGCUGACUCCUACAAAGAUCUACAGCCGCCUGCUGCUGCCCGUCCUGCGCAGCGGCGCCGUCAAAGCCUACGCGCACAUCACCGGCGGGGGGCUCCUGGAAAACAUCCCCCGGGUGCUGCCGCAGCGUCUGGCUGUGGAGUUAGACGCGUCGCAGUGGAGCAUCCCCGCCGUCUUCUCCUGGCUCCACAGAGAGGGCCGUCUGAGCGAGGAGGAGAUGGCACGCACCUUCAACUGCGGCCUGGGGGCGGUGCUGGUGGUGGCCCCGCCCGACGCUCAGAGGGUCCUACGCCAGCUGCAGGUCCACGACGAGGCCUGGAUCGUGGGCUCGCUGGUCCACAAGCAACCUGGGGCGUCGCCGGUGGUGGUCCGCAACCUGAGGCAGAAGCUGCUGCACGCGUCUGCUGGUGGGCCUCCGGAGGCAGAGGGUACCGGUGAACCCGGAAACAGCAGCCCGCCGUGCAAGAAGACAAGAGUCGGGGUUCUGAUCUCUGGCACAGGUACCAACCUGCAGGCCCUGAUGGACCGGGCCAGACGUCCGUCCAGCUCGGCGGAGAUCGUGGUGGUCAUCUCCAACCGGCCCGGGGUCCAGGGUCUGAAGAGGGCGUCUCUGGCCGGCAUCCAGACCCGGGUGGUGGACCACAAGCUGUACGGGAGCCGGGCCGAGUUCGACGGCACCAUCGACCGCGUCCUGGAGGAAUUCAAAGUGGAUCUGGUGUGUCUGGCCGGAUUCAUGAGGAUCCUCACUGGAGCCUUCGUCAAGAAGUGGAGCGGUAAAGUACUGAACAUCCACCCAUCCUUGCUGCCCUCCUUCAAGGGCGUCAACGCCCAGAAACAGGCCCUGCAGGCUGGAGUGAGGCUCGCUGGCUGCACCGUCCACUUCGUAGCAGAGGAGGUGGAUGCAGGAGCCAUAAUUGUGCAGGAGGCGGUGCCGGUGGUGGCGGGCGACACCGAGGAGAGUCUGUCGGACAGAAUCAGGGAGGCAGAGCAUCGGGCUUUCCCUGCAGCCAUGGAGCUGGUGGCCAGCGGGGCGGUGCAGCUGGGGGAGGACGGACACAUCGUCUGGAAGCAGCACAGCUGAAGCACCUGCAGAUUUAUCCUCCUCAGAGCCGGCUAGCUGUUAGCAUCCUAGCCUUAUAGUUAGCUAGUUACCUCCUCCUGAGGCAGGCAGUAAAACAACAUGGAUGCCUCUGUUACAGCUGGAUAGAAAGCAUUAACUAAUUAUUGUUUACAGUAGCAGGACAGAGCAUCGCUUUAAAAUACAUUCCAGUUAGACUUGCACUGAGCCCCGUCAGUCGGCUUGUACCUGUGAGAAACAUUAAAAACGUCCUGGAAAAUGCAAA